GAAGAUAUGGAAUUCUCCAAACUUCCCAAGAUUGGGGAUGCAGAGAACGAAAGUUUGCUGGGGUUUGUACAUGGUGUCUCUGGACCUGUGGUGAUUGCCUGCAAGAUGUCUGGGGCCGCCAUGUAUGAGCUGGUGCGUGUUGGCCAUGCUGAGCUGGUAGGCGAGAUAAUCCGUCUGGAGGGAGACCUGGCCACUGUCCAGGUGUACGAGGAGACCUCUGGAGUCUGUGUAGGGGAUCCGGUGCUGCGGACCGGGAAGCCGCUGUCUGUGGAGCUUGGCCCCGGCAUCAUGGGCUCCAUCUUUGAUGGGAUCCAGCGUCCCCUGAAGGACAUCACGGAGCUCACCAAGAGCAUCUACAUCCCCCGGGGCAUCAAUAUCUCAGCCUUGUCCCGGGACCUCAAGUGGGACUUCGCCCCAAGCCCGAACAUCCGGGUUGGAAGCCAUUUAACUGGUGGGGAUAUUUAUGGAAUUGUGCAAGAAAACUCCCUCAUCAAACAUAAGAUUAUGGUGCCAUCCCGAUGCCGUGGCACGGUGACUCACAUUGCGCCAGCUGGAAGCUACGAUAUUUCGGAUGUGGUGCUGGAGCUGGACUUUGAGGGAGAGAAAGAGAAACUGACGAUGGUGCAAGUGUGGCCUGUGAGGCAAAUCCGGCCUGUCGCAGAGAAGCUGCCGGCCAAUCACCCCCUGCUGACUGGCCAGAGAGUCCUGGAUGCCCUCUUCCCGUGUGUUCAAGGUGGGACCACGGCCAUCCCAGGAGCCUUCGGUUGCGGCAAGACAGUCAUUUCACAGUCGCUCUCCAAGUACUCCAAUAGCGACGUCAUCAUCUAUGUGGGCUGUGGGGAACGGGGGAACGAGAUGUCAGAGGUGCUGAGGGACUUCCCCGAGCUGACGAUGGAAGUGGGUGGCAAGACGGAGAGCAUCAUGAAACGUACGUCGCUUGUCGCCAAUACAUCCAACAUGCCUGUGGCCGCCAGAGAGGCCUCCAUAUAUACAGGAAUCACGCUCUCAGAGUACUUCCGUGACAUGGGAUAUCACGUCAGCAUGAUGGCGGACUCCACCUCCCGCUGGGCCGAGGCACUUCGUGAAAUCUCCGGGCGUUUAGCUGAAAUGCCUGCAGACAGCGGCUACCCAGCCUACCUGGGUGCCCGUUUGGCAUCUUUCUAUGAGCGAGCCGGGCGUGUCAAGUGCUUGGGCAGCCCGGAGCGAGAGGGGAGCGUCAGCAUUGUCGGAGCGGUGUCCCCUCCUGGUGGUGACUUCUCUGACCCGGUAACCUCAGCAACACUGGGGAUCGUCCAGGUCUUCUGGGGCCUGGACAAGAAACUGGCCCAGCGGAAGCACUUCCCGUCUGUGAACUGGCUCAUCAGCUACAGCAAGUACAUGCGGGCUUUGGACGAACACUACGAACGGCAUUACCCGGAGUUUGUCGCCUUGCGCACGAAGGCCAAAGAGAUCCUGCAGGAGGAGGAAGACUUGGCCGAGAUCGUCCAGCUGGUUGGGAAGGCCUCCCUUGCAGAAGCUGACAAGAUAACCCUUGAGGUGGCCAAACUGAUCAAGGAUGACUUUCUGCAACAAAACGGCUACUCUGCCUAUGACAGGUUUUGCCCUUUCUAUAAGACGGUGGGCAUGCUCCAGAACAUGAUUACUUUCUACGACCUGGCUCGCCACGCAGUGGAGUCCACAGCCCAGUCGGAGAACAAGAUCACGUGGGGCAUCAUCCGUGAGAACCUGAGUGACAUCAUGUACAAGCUCAGCUCCAUGAAGUUCAAGGAUCCAGUAAAGGACGGAGAGGCGAAGAUCAAAGCUGCCUACGGCCAGCUCAAUGAGGAGAUGCAGAAUGCCUUCCGGAACUUGGAGGACUGA